AUGUUUGCUGAGUUUAAGAGAUCAAUGAUGCUUGAGUUUGACAUGACUAAUCUUGGGAAGAUGAGGUACUUUCUUGGUAUAGAAGUUAUGCAAAGGACUGAUGGAAUAUUCAUUAGCCAAAAGAAAUAUGUUUUGGAGGUGCUGGAAAAAUUUGGAAUGAAUAAAAGCAUUUUGGUUCUUGAUCCCAUUGUCCCAAGUUGCAAACUUUUGAGAGAUGAAGAUGGAGUACAAGUAGACAGCACCAUCUACAAACAGAUUGUGGGAAGCCUCAUGUAUUUAACUGCUACUCGACCAGACAUGAUGUUUGUGGUAAGUCUUAUUAGCAAUUAUAUUUGUAAUCCUACUGAGCUUCACAUGGAGGCAGCAAAGAGAAUUUUAAGGUAUCUAAGAGGAACAACCGGUUUUUGGGUGUUCUACAAGAAGGGAGGAAAAAGAGAACUGAAUAUUUAUACAGAUAGUGACUAUGCAGGAGACCAAGAUGACAGGAAGAGCACCUCAGGUCACGUUUUCUUAUUCAGUUAA